AUGUCAAUGGACACAACGCUUGCUGCUCCAGUUGCGGGAGCAACGUAUUACAAAUUGAAGGCUGGCUCAAUGCUUUCUAAAGCUAAAGCGAUUGAGAAGACUCUGACUGCCGACAAGCUCCAGGAAAUGAGCGAGGAGAAAUUGGAAUUCCAUGUUCAACGCCUGGACGAGAUCAAGACUGCCUUUUUCCAGAUCCAUGACAGACUUGAGGAGCUGGACUUUAAUGAAAUUGGUAGUGUGGUGCGCGAUGACUUCGAGGAGCUUAUCAUCUCAACAAAAAUAAGGUUGAAUCGAGAAUUGGGUAAGCGAAAAGGUCCGGCAAUUCGUAGCUCCACACUCAGGCCAGAGCCCUCCAUGGAUUUCCAUUCCAUGUCAGCGGCAAGGAGAUCUCAUUUACCCGAAUUGAGACUGCCUGAUUUCUCUGGAGGCUAUACCGAAUUUGCGGAUUUUCAGUCGAUGUUCAAGGCCAUUAUCGACAACGAUGUUGAGCUUUCCAACAUUGAGAAGCUGCAGCAUCUCAAGUCUUGCUUGAAGGGUGCCGCCUUGGACACAGUUCGGUCAUUGGAGAUUUGCGAGAUUAAUUAUGCGGUGGCCUGGGAAUUAUUGAACAACCGGUUCAAUAACAAGCGUCUCAUUUUCCAAUCCCACAUUAACGCAAUUUUGAGUCUCCCCAAGGUCGACAUGCAGUGUGCCACGAAGCUGCGAGAAAUGUCCGACAAAAUAAACGCAAAUCUACGUGCUCUCCAGUCUAUGGGUUCUGUUGACCAAAUAGCAAACUGUGUUCUUGUCCAUGUUCUACUGCAAAGGUUGGAUAGCAAAACUCAGGCCAAUUGGGAGGAGUCUGCGGCGAUCGAUGAAAUUCCUUCGAUUGAUCAUUUCACUACUUUCUUGUCAAAGCGUUGUCGAAAACUCGAGAACAUAGAGCACACCGCAGCUUUGUAUUCGAAUUGUUCACCAUCAGGAAUCACUCGCAGCAGAAGUAUCUUAGUCGCCACCAACACUUCGGGACAUGCAUGUGUUGCGUGUGACAGUAGUAGUCACUCCAUCUAUAGCUGUGGUCAAUUCGCCAAUCUGUCGACACAAGAGCGUAUUCUAAAGGCAAGGGACUUGGCACUGUGUUUCAAUUGCCUGAAGAAAGGACAUCAAAUGCGCAAUUGUCGGUCAGGCUGCUGUCGAGUUUGCGGGUCUAAGCAUCAUAGCCUUUUGCACCCUGGCUCUCAGCCUUCAACCGAUGUUCAGCGAGCUCCCGUGGCGGAACUAAGUACGCCGAACGCAAUCGCCUCUAGCCCCUCUAUCUCUUUGCUGGCUCAGAAUUUGGAUUCCGAUAGUGUUUUUCUUCCAACUGCAGCCAUAAGCAUACAAAGUCGAUCAGGUGCCUGGAUCCCAUGCCGCACGCUGCUAGACUCGGGAUCACAAGUCCACGUUGUGACCUCCCGACUUGCUCACCAGUUGGAAUUGCCAAAAACAAAGUCUACAGUAACAGUUGCUGGUCUUGGAGAUGCUCGAUUUGACUGUGAAGGAGCGUCCGUUUGUCUCAAGUUCAAGUCGCAUGCCUCCAAUAACUCCGCAUGCCUAACUGCGCUUGUUGCUCCAGCGAUAACCGAAAAUCAACCCAGUUCGAAUGUUAAGCCCGAUGGCUGGAAAAUUCCCUCCAGUAUUCAGUUGGCCGAUCCUGAAUUUUACAAAUCUCACCGCAUAGAUCUUUUCAUUGGCGCAAGCAUGUUUUUCGAAUUAUUAUCUGUAGGGCAGAUUAAGUUGGCUGCUGGGUUACCCCUAUUACAGAAUUCGAGGCUUGGUUGGAUCGUAACAGGAGGUGGAUCUUCUUCUACAGAGGCAACUGGAUUACAGGAUCAAGCUGUGCAUCGGGAAUUGGUUGCUGCUCGCAUGGAUGACGCUGACGAUCUGAUCAUAGGAGGGCAAUCAACACAAGAGGUCCUCGGAAACAACGACGUUCGAUAUCAAACUCCUGACUCGAAAAAAGAACACUCCUGA